GUGAAAGCCAGCAGUGUUUCAACUGUAUUGAGAUUUCAAUGGAACCACUUUGAGCAUCAUGAUCUAUAAACCAGAAGGAAAAAUAAGUUUUGGCAUACUGAUUGCAUUAAAUCAACCACCACAAUAACCACGACACCUUCUGAGUGGCUCAGGAGAAAAGGUGUGCAAACCCUAAAAUGACUCUCUUGCACAUGCAGUUAUAUUUUACUGGCUCCGUCUUCUGGAUGAUACAGAAAUCCAGCUCCUUCAUGCUGCCCAAUACUACUGAACUUCUCUACCCGACUAGCAGUGCUGAGGCAGGCCUCCUGUCUGCCCUUGGAGUGCCGAGAACUCGCAGAAAGCGCUAUAUCUCUCCCAGGGACAUGAGUGCACUUCUGGACUACCACAAUCAAGUGCGGGCACAAGUGUCUCCACCAGCUGCCAACAUGGAGUAUAUGGUGUGGGAUGAGAGAUUAGCCAGAUCGGCAGAAGCAUGGGCAAAACAGUGUAUGUGGGGACAUGGACCUCCGCAACUGAUGAAAUUCCUUGGUCAAAACCUUGCCAUUCAGUCUGGCAGGUACCAUUCAGCUGUGGACCUUGUGAAAUCUUGGUAUUAUGAGAAGCAGCACUACUCCUUCCCUUAUCCCUAUGAAUGCAAGCCCAGAUGCCCUUCCAAAUGUAGCGGUUCUGUCUGCAGCCAUUACACCCAGAUGGUGUGGGCUUCUAGCAACAGAAUUGGCUGCGCCAUCCACACCUGCACCAACAUGAACGUGUGGGGCAACACAUGGCGGCGAGCAGUCUACCUUGUGUGCAACUAUGCCAUCAAGGGAAAUUGGAUAGGAGAAGCACCUUACAAAAUGGGGAGGCCCUGCUCAGCCUGCCCACCAAACUAUGGAGGCACCUGCAGCAACAACAUGUGUUACUCAGGACUCAAAUCCAAUAAAGUGAGCUGGUUCUGA